UCUUCUAAAGCCCUCCACUCCCCGUCUUCCCGCUUCUUCUCCUCCUCCGCCUCCAUCCUCUCGAAGCCAUCUCUCCUUCCUUCGAACCAUAUACCCCUCGUUUCCAUUGCCCCCAUCCUCCUAGAAGGAGAGCGGAUGAGAGCUCUGUUGCCCCGGGAUCAUGGCGACCACGAAAGACGUCCAAGAGAUCAUCUCUAAGCUCUCCUCCCAGAAGGCCAAGGCCCGCGACGAAGGGAUCAAGCUGUUGAAUAGCUGGCUGGAGGGCGAGAGAUCGAUCAGUUUCUGUAGGCUACUCGGUCAGAACACCGUCAGGAUCAAGCCCAACGAGAUCCCUCAUGCUGAGACAUGGCCUUUUCUUAUCACAUUGCUGACGAAAUGUAUUGCAUUGGAGAUCUCUGCGAGCAAGAAACGUCCACCGAAACUAAUACUGGCAAAGACUCUUCGCACUGCCAUCCAAUGUGCUGAGGAUCAGAAGCUAUCAGGGCAAAAACUCCUCCUGUUUUCUGUUGUUAAGCUUCUAUUUAAUCACAUUUGGGAUGUUAUAAAAGAUGCUUCUAGCUUUCAGUCAGAAUACAGCAGCAUCCUACGGCAUCUUCUAACUGUUAAAGAUUACCGCUAUCAAAUGAGGAAGCCAGUUUAUUGCAGUCUAGUGGGUCUAUACAUAAAUAAGGUAGAACUGUCCAUCGACAUGAAAUCUAAUAGUCAUUCCAGCUCCAAAGAGGAAGCCUUCCGCUAUAUCUUGUCUCUUCACGCCCUACUGGAAAAUCCACCUGGUGAUUUUCCGGAUGACAUCAGGGAGGAUCUUGUUAAGGGGUUUAUUAGAAUUUUUUCACAGAUUAGGGAUGAGGGGAAGUUCUCACGCAAGCUAAUGGAAUGCAUCAAUACCUACUUGCUAAAAGAUGGCCCAAAUCUUGGAUAUCAAGCCAUGGAAAUUCAUUCUGCUGUACAACAGUUUAUGUUUCGUCAUUGGCUUACUACUCAUGAUCGAGGAUUAAAGAACUCAUUCGUUCUCUAUGCAAGAGUACAACUAAAGCUCAGCAGGACUAUGUCAGAACGAAGUCCACUUAUGGAACAACUUCUUGAUGUUAUUAUCAAGGAAUUAGACCAAAGCACUAAUACUGGUACUGGUUUCCUGUGGAGUGAUAUGUCUAGAGAUGAUAAGGUUGGAACUCUUGGAGGCACUCAACAAGGCUUGAUGGAGCUUGCUGCUACAGUUUUUUAUCAGGCUUGUAAAAAGACAACAAAGACAUCAUAUCAGGAGAAGCGGCUGAAAAUGGAGCAUCCUGCUUCUCGCAUUAAGGAUGGAAUCAUGAAAGGCUUAUGGCUUUGGAAUGGUGCCUUUUCUUUUCUUAUUCAUAACUAUGGGAUUCGUGUAGACAAGUCUCUCUUAAUUUAUUGGUUUGAAGCCAUGCGUGAAAGUUUAAGAAGGAUUUUGGAUAGCUCAAGCGCUUUGCAUUCGUACGAUUCUCUUCUUUGGCUUUUGCGGGCUUUACAAGAAUUGUUUUAUGUGCUUCCACUUUGCCCUCUGAAGAAGCCUUCACAUUGUUCAUCUUUCACUUCAAAUGAGACUUUGCUACUUAGAGUUGGUUGGCAAGACGUAUGGAGCUGUUUGCUGCAUGGACUACCCAUAUUCAGCAAUGUCACACCAAUUGUAGAUGUUGCUUUGACACUACUCAGCAAUAUGGUUUUGCAAGAUCGAAUCAGUGUAGCUGUUGUUCCUCAAGAUAUAUGGGAUUUGCGGAUUUUUAAGAAUAUGCCAUCAUCGUCUGCCUUGUAUUUCAUUGCUUGCUACUUCUCAAGAUCAGGUGUUCAGGGUGAACUACGAGAUGCCUUAUAUCUUAGAAAAAGUCUACUAAGAUCAGUCUUGGAAUCAAUUAACUUUAAGGAACCUACGUUUUUCACCGAGCAAACUGUUUUGCUCAUUAUGGAAGCUAUUUUUUCUCUUUCCAUUGGUUCCUCUACUCUUCUGCCUUAUGCUGGAGCUAUAUUUGUUUCUUCAGAGCCCAAUGAGGAGUCAAAGAAGCCUUCGUUGACCGAAGAGGGUGACCACGGGAUUGUAGAUGAAGUUUUAGAUUGUUCCGUGGAAUCCUUAGCAGAACUUGAGGCAGAAAAUUCCAGUGAGGUGAAAACUGAGCAUCAUCAUAGCAUACGCCUUCCUAGGCAGAUUAGACAACCAUUGAUUCAUGAAAUGGAGGAAUAUAUCACUGGUUUUGUAACAUCAAAUGUGGAGUUUGAUAAAAAACCUUUGUCAGAUCUUAUCUAUUCAUGCUCACUUUUAUGCAACUGCAUCUAUGCUUCAGCAUUAAAAAGGCAAAGAGGUGAAAAGUCUUUGUUCUUCAAUAAGAUAUUUGACUAUAUUUCAAAGGUUCUGGAUCAUACAGUUUGGAUGAUCGAGGAUAAGUGUAAUGAAAUUCAGCAUCAUGGUUAUGCGAAUAUAUGCUCCAUUCUUGGUGCAUAUGGAUCCACUUUAUCUUCUUUCCAUAGCUUAAAUUCAUCUCCACUUUUUACAUUUUGGAAGGAUAAUAGCAAUAUUGAUUGUGAGCCUCUUGUAGGAAUCAUUAAAUCAAUUGAGAAACUUUUGGUGGUUCUUGCUGAACUGUUUGCUUUGCUUUCCAAUAUUACAAGUAAUCCUGAGAUACAAAUUGAUCUGCCAACAAUAACUGGAUCUAGUUCUCCACAAGAGUCCACUUCUAUGGUGCGAAUUGUUGAUAUUGAUUUAGAUGCCAAUAAUGCUUGCAAGGAUGUUGAUGCUUUGACUGCUAGUGGGAGUAGAAGUUCAGUUAUUUCUUCCUCUCCUUUCCAAUGGAAGCUAGAACUAGUCAAAGUGAUUUCAACUUUUUUCUCUAUAUCACCUCUUCAUACAUGGGAAGUCUUGUUUGAACUAAUGGAAAAAGAAAAUGAUGCUAAGGUGCAUGAAGAAAUUCAAUAUAUUCUUUGCAAAAAAUUUUCUGGCCCUGCUGGAAAUCUGUCCUCAUUGGUUGGUUCUAUAGAUACCACGAUGAGAAAUUGUGCAAGUUUGAAACUUUGCUGUCAUGAUAUUUUACCUGCCAUCUGUGCUUUACUGGGAUCCUUACUGACAGUGGGUUCUAACCAAAAAAAUGGCAAUCCUAAGCAAUGCAAGGGGGAAAUGCUCUCAGAAGAGAUCUUAAAUGCCCUCUGUGACAUGGUAAACACUGUUGCGGAGAUUGGUCUUCCUGAUUGGUUUGUUCGUGUUCAGCUAAUUGACUGUAUUUGUUGUUUUGUUUUACUAGAACCCCACUCUGCCCAGGUCAUGAUUGAAAAGCUUCUUGCAAUGCUUCAGGAUACUGAUUAUCGAGUUAGACUUUUUUUGGCAAGAAAAGUUGGUGUUCUUUUCCUAACAUGGGAUGGCCAUAAUGAGUUGUUCCAUGAUAUUUGUUUGAACUUCGGUUUCGAGAUGGUGAUGGCCUCAAAAGGGAAGCUUGUUAAGGCUGCAGAGGUCUCAGCUUCUGGUGCUCAGCCUGUCCUAGCUAUGGAAACUGCUCUUAUCACCCUUGCACAUCUUGCCUUGUGUAGUGAGGAGGUUGAAGCUGAGGCAGUCUUCAUGAUAUGUGUGGUUGCAGCUACCGAGCCUGGUCAAAGGGAAUUGGCAUUUGCUUUAUUUGAUACUUUGUCAAGAAAACUCCAAUAUGCAUCCAGGAGUAAGUAUUUAGAGCAACUCAUGGGAUCGAUUCUUGCUCGUUGGGUAGCUUGUGAAGUAAGCUUAAUGGCACUAGUGGAGGUACAAGAUCUCUUUCUUUGUAAAUCAGAUGUUAGAUGCUUUGUGCAAUAUUGCUGUCCUUGGCUCCUUGCACCUUUAAUUCUACGAGAAGAUAUCACGAAUCUUAAUUGGGUAUCCAAGGUUUCUUGUCAGCCUCUGCCCGAUAUUGUGAAGGAAUAUUUUGUGCCAAUUUUUGCAGUAUGCAUGGCAGUGCAUUGCAGUGGAAAACCAGACAAGGAGUUGGGAAGAAUGGCACUUUGUAAAUCAGUUUUGCAUCUUGCCAAAAUUUCUGAGCUGGAGCGAGAUGACCUUAUAAAGAAACAUAUGGUGUCAAUUGUCAGCUGCCUUUUGUCACUCACUUGUUCUUUCACUGUCCCAGACAUGCCUCUUUUUACCAAGGAGACUGUGGUCCUUUCAGUGCAAACUGUUGUUGAUGGUUUUUUGGAAACGGAUCAACGUCCUACAAAUAUUGGUAUCAUUGAUAAAAUUAACAUUUUCCGCCCUGAUAGGGUUUUUAAGUUUUUAGUGGAGAUACAUUACCAGAUUGCAGCUGCUGUUCAUCCACGGCAUAAGUGCCAUCGCCUCUCUUCAAUUGAGGUUCUUAUCCAUAUAAUUGGGCAUAGAGCUGCUGUUUCUAGCACUUCAUGCUAUAUUUUCAAUAUAGUGGGACAGGAUAUUGGGAAUCAACCUUUACAAAAGCAGUGUUGUGCUAUACUAUCUACAUUGCUUGAAGCAUUUAAAGUUGACCCUUCCAAAGAGGUUGUCAGUGUGCUAGGUGAACAACUUCAGUUUUUGGUUUCAAAAUUGGUUGCUUGUUGCAUUCCUGCUGAAAACAAGAGAGAACCAAGUUGUGUUCAUUCAUCAGGACUCUUAUCUUUGCUUAAUCAGCUUACCGUGGAUGCUGACUUAUCACUUUAUGAUUAUAUAAGGGAGCUGGAACCAUUCCCUGACCUUGAUUGUUUGGAGAGAAUCCGGGUGUUUCAUGAUGGCCUGUGCAAUGUCUACUCUCCAAGGGAUCAAUUCCUAAAGUUUGUCAGGAGAGCUUGUUACCUUCCACAAGGAUUACUCAUGUGCAGUCUUCGGCAUCUGCACAAGAAGUUAGUCCUUGGAGAAAUCAUCCAGAAAGAGACAAAUGUUCCAGAUGAAUCAGGAAAAAGUAACUGCCGGAAUUGUGAUCCUGAUGUUGUUUCUGCUGUCUGGACUCUUGUUGGUUUGUGUGGCUCCAAUGAAGCAAAUAAUAUGAGUGUUCUGGUGGCUGAUUUCAUAUCCAGGAUUGGAAUUGGGGACCCUUAUCGGGUUGUCUUUCAUCUACCAAAGGAUUCUUGUCGAAACCUUUCUUUCAAGUCAUCAAGCUGGGAAUCUAGUUUCUGUACCAGUAUUGUAGUUUCAGAUGGGCUAUUGAUUGAUCUUCUCAGACUUUUGAAGAAGUACCUAUUAGAUGAUCAUGUGAAGAUAGUGGACAUGACUUCACGGACACUGCGGGGGAUUCUUUCGACUGAAAAGGGUCAAGGCGUGCUGCUGUCCCUCGAUUCUUAUGAGAGCUCUCUAAUCGCAGUUCACUCGAAGGGUGUUAACUUGGACCUUGUGGACAAGUUACUCUUAGAUUCUGAAAAUUAUUCUGGUGAAGCCAUUUCUUUGGAGGAUCCUUCCCUAUGGCAGACCGAGGGUAAAACAUACGAGCAGUGGAUCUGCUCACUUGUGCACUCACUUAUUAGUCAUUGUGAUGAUAUUAUCCUGAGAUUGUGUCAAAAUAUAGUUUUGUUGAAAGCUGAGAUAGCUGAACUUUUGCUUGCAAAUGUCCUGCUGAGCAUAGCAGGAAAGGUUGAUUUAAGUUCUGAUCUUUGCCAGUUAAUCUCAGCAAAGGUUCAAGAGAACAUAUUUGAUGAGUCUAAUGGCUUGGUUAAGUCAAUUCAGGUGUUUUUGGAUGCAUUGAAUGAACUUCGAUCAUGUUUUGUUGCUGAGAAAGCAAACUCCUUUUCAACUCCUGUGAAGCAUGGCAGACCUUCUAGUUUUGGACGAACUCGUAACACUUUCGAAAAAUCAAAAGAUUGUCCAUCUAACAUUCUAACACUGCAUUCUUCAUGGAAAAAGGUUUACUGGCUUGCGCUCGAUUAUCUUGUGGUUGCUAAAGCAGCAAUUCAUUGUGGAUCAUACUUCACAGCAGUAAUGUAUGCGGAAUAUUGGUGUGAGGAACAUUUUAAUUGUCUAGCCCUAGGAAGUCCUGACUUUUCCCAUCUGGAAUUGUUGCCCUCACAUAUCGAGCUACUGGUUGCAGCAUUCACUCAGAUUAAUGAGCCAGACAGCAUAUAUGGAAUACUUCAAUCAAAUAAGUUGACAUCUCAAAUAAUUACAUUUGAGCAUGAGGGAAAUUGGAACAAAGCUCUGGAAUAUUAUGACCUGCUUGUAAGAUCGUCUGAAAUGGGACGCAUUGAUUGCUUAUCAGGAAAGCCAUCUGUAGAUGACUCAUGUAACUCUUCUCUAGGAGAUGGAAAUAUGGGUGACUGGAAAUAUUAUAAAGGUCUAAUGAGAUCUUUGCAGAAAACUGGCUGCACUCAUGUGCUCGAUGUGUAUUGCCAAGGAUUGACCAAUCGAAGAGGCUGUUUUCAACAUGACUCUGAGUUUACUGAUCUACAGUACGAGGCUGCUUGGAGAGCUGGAAACUGGGACUUCUCAUUAAUUACCCCCAAUUCGAAAACUCAUUCUACACCAUAUAUGAGUGGUCAAUUCAAUGAAAAUUUGCACAGUUGUUUGAGAGCAUUGCAAGAGGGCAGUGGUGAUGAGUUCCAUAUGAAACUUAGAGACUCGAAGAAGGAGCUUGUGUUGUCUAUGUCGAAUGCAAGCAUGGAGAGUACCGAAUAUAUCCAUUCUACUAUUGUUAAACUUCAGAUAUUAGAUCAUCUUGGAAUGGCUUGGGAUUUACGUUGGAAGCCAUGUUGUCCUGAAAGAAAAGGAUCCUUUUUCGAACUAAACAACAUAAUUCCUGGACCUGUUGUUCCUACUAGAGUUCAGUUGGAGUGGCUGAAUGCAGAUUGGAACUUCAUUUUAAAGCAAGCACAGCUACAUCUAAAUUUAUUAGAACCUUUCAUUGCUUUUAGGCGUGUUCUGCUGCAAAUUUUAGAUUGCAGAGAUUGUACAGCAGAACAUCUGCUGCAAUCUGCUUUCACGCUCCGCAAGGGUUCCAGAUUCUCUCUAGCUGCUGCUGCUUUGCAUGAGCUCAAGUUACUCUGUCGUCAAACAGAAGAACAGACAACAUCACAUGCUUAUUUCCUUGGAAGGGUCGAAGAAGCUAAGCUUCUCAGGGCUCAAGGUCAGCAUGAAAUGGCUAUUAAUCUUGCAAGAUAUAUUUUGCAGAACUAUUCACAGGGAGAAGAGAUCUCAAAUGUGUAUCGGUUGGUUGGAAAGUGGUUGGCUGAAACUCGAUCUAGCAAUUCAAGAACUAUUUUAGAACAGUACCUGAAGCAGUCAGUGGAACUUACCAAGGCAAGCAAGAGUACAGAUAAGAAAAGUAUUUCUAGACAAUGCCAAACAUACUUUGAUCUAGCACACUACACAGAUGGCCUAUUUAAAAGUUAUGAAGAAAGAUUGUCCUCUAGUGAAUGGCAAGCAGCUAUGCGGUUGAGGAAACACAAGACCAGGGAGUUGGAUGCACUUAUUAGAAGACUAAAAAGUUCUUCAAAGGGAGAGAAGACAGACUACUCGGUGAAAAUACAGGAGUUGCAAAAGCAACUCACAAUGGAUAGGGAAGAGGCUGAAAAAUUACAGGAUGACAGGGACAACUUCCUCAGCCUAGCAUUGGAGGGUUAUCAGCAUUGUCUUGUCAUAGGCAGCAAAUAUGAUCUGAGAGCGGUAUUUCGACUGGUUUCUUUAUGGUUCAGCCUUUAUUCAAGGCAAAAUGUUGUGAAAUCCAUGAAUAGCACUGUGAAAGAGGUCCAGUCAUACAAGUUUGUGCCACUGGUUUAUCAAAUUGCUUCAAGACUUGGUAGUUCAAAAGAUGGACAAGGAUCAACCAGUUUUCAGAUUGCAUUGGCUUCCCUUGUGCGGAAGAUGGCCAUUGAUCAUCCAUAUCAUACCAUGUUUCAGUUACUGGCUUUAGCAAAUGGCGAUCGUGUCAAAGACAAGCAAAGAAGUCGAAAUUCAUUUGUUGUAGAUUUGGACAAAAAACUUGCAGCAGAGAAACUCUUGAAUGAGUUGUCUUCAUAUCAUGGAGCUUUAAUUCAACAGAUGAAACAAUUGGUUGAGAUAUAUAUUAAGCUCGCUGAACUAGAGACAAGAAAGGAGGAAACUAAUAAAAGAAUACCUGUGCCAAGAGAAAUCCGUAGCCUUCGGCGGCUUGAACUUGUACCAGUUGUGACAGCUACUGUUCCAAUUGACCCUAGUUGCCAAUACGGGCAAGGUUCUUUCCCACAUUUUAAGGGAUUAUCUGAUUCUAUCAUGGUAAUGAAUGGCAUAAAUGCACCUAAGGUGGUGGAUUGCUUUGGUUCAGAUGGUCAUAAGUAUCGUCAACUUGCCAAAUCUGGAAAUGAUGACUUGCGACAAGAUGCUGUUAUGGAACAAUUCUUUGGUUUAGUGAAUACCUUCCUACAAAAUCAGCGAGAUACAUGGAAAAGGAGGUUAAGGAUACGUACAUACAAGGUGGUUCCAUUUACUCCCAGUGCUGGUGUAGUUGAAUGGGUUGAUCGUACUGUUCCGCUUGGUGAAUAUCUUUUAGGAAGCACAAGGAAUGGAGGGGCGCAUGGACGCUAUGGGAUAGGAGACUGGUCAUUUCUUCGAUGCAGGGAGCAUAUGACUGGUGAGAAAGACAAGCGGAAAGCAUUUCUCAAAGUCUGUGACAACUUCAGGCCGGUGAUGCACUACUUCUUUUUGGAGAGAUUUAUGCAGCCUGCUGACUGGUUUGUAAGAAGACUCUCGUAUACAAGAAGUGUUGCAGCUAGUUCAAUGGUAGGUUACAUUGUAGGGCUAGGAGAUCGGCAUUCAAUGAAUAUUCUCAUUGAUGAAGAUACAACGGAGGUGGUACACAUUGAUCUUGGUGUUGCCUUUGAACAGGGUCUCAUGCUUAAAACGCCUGAGAGGGUUCCAUUUCGUCUGACGAGAGAGAUAGUAGAUGGCAUGGGGGUUACUGGGGUGGAGGGUGUUUUCAGAAGGUGUUGUGAGGAAACUCUCUCUGUCAUGAGGACAAAUAAGGAAGCGCUGCUUACUAUCAUUGAAGUUUUUAUUCAUGAUCCACUCUAUAAAUGGGCUCUUUCACCUCUUAAAGCUUUGCAACGACAGAAGGAAAUUGAUGAUGAUGUAGACUCAUGCUUAGAGAGCUCACAAGAUGCUUACGAAGGAAACAAGGAUGCAGCACGUGCCACAUUACGUGUUAAAGAAAAGUUAGAUGGUUAUGAAGGUGGUGAAAUGAGGAGUGUACAAGGCCAGGUCCAACAGCUCAUACAGGAUGCAACAGAUACGGAUCGCUUGUGCCAGAUGUUUCCAGGUUGGGGAGCAUGGUUGUGACAAAGCAUAGAAAAUCUUGAGCAUUUCUGGCAUCCAAACACAUUGUAAAGAUAGCUCAUUUACUUCUUCCACCUCAUCUGUAGAGUUGUGCAUGAUUGAAGCAACUCAUUCAUGUGAAAGUGUAUCAUGUCCUUAAUAUUAUCUAAAUCCAUCCUUUUUCGCCUUUCAUUUUUGCCCAUGCAUUUUGUAUGUUUUAUAGACUUUGUAUAGGAUUCAACUAAUAAGAGGAACAAUGAGAGGGAGUUUUCCAAUUGUAGAGAGAAGUAAAUCUUCAAUAUAAUCAUCUAGCACAUUUACACGUGUUCC